CCCUCCCAUUCCUCCAGUAACACCUCCUCCUCUCCCCGCACCGCUGACUUCUCUCCUGUGCCAAAAAAAACUCCUCCGCUGCGCGCAAACUUAUCACACACUCUCCAGUCGCCUUCGACCAGCAGCUCCUGCUCCCAGCACAGUCUGACAGAUGACCGGUAACCUUCAGUCAGGUCCUCGGUCCAUCCAGCCUAUGGCUCCGCGUCGCGUUUUUCACCGGCGAAACCUUUGAGUUCCCCCCCGAAGGUACGACCUUGAUCUGGAGGAGAAAUGAGCUCGUUUGGGGGCAACGCAGCUCCUGAUGGAGGCGACACCAGCAACCGCAUGUUCUCUGUGGAGGGAUGUCCGAGUGGAGAGUCCCCAGUCACCCCCAGGAAAAGGCUUCACUCUGCGGAGGACGCGCGGUGCAGCAGCCGGCCUCCCCCCGAGGGCGCCGGGUCGGUUUCCAUCAGCGAGUCGGAGGAGAAGGGAGGCUUCUGCCCGCAGUGUGAGAAGAAAGUGUCUGAGCUGAGGCGGCAAGCGCUGGCACUGGCUGACCAGAACUCACUGAAGGACCCUGGAUAUGCAACAUUUCUGUUGGAGCAGCUUCAAACACCUGGGAGCCAUGACGCUGGUGUCAGCUGCUGCCAGGUGUGCUCCACGCCUCUGCACCAACUGAGGCAGGAGGCCUUGCAGACGCUGAAUGCUCCCGUCCUCACCUUAAGCCCAGACAUGGCAGCCCUGCCCACCACAUCGUUUUUACCGCAGCCUUCCAGAUUCACCAUGUCGUCCUCAAGUGUCCGUGCAAAACAGCUGUCCAAAGGCCAAACCAUCACACACAGUGUCCUGCCCCUGGGGGAGAGGCGCAGGGUGCCGGGCUGGUCUCAAAGCCCCUCGGUUUCUUCAGGGCCCAGCGUCCAGGUGACGGUGGCAGGAGGGCAGAUCACCGGAUCCCUGAACUCUGUCACCAUCCAGGCUCAGCAGUACCUCGAGGGCAUGUGGAGCAUCUCCAGGGUCAACAACUUCCUCCCUCAGCCUAAACUGGCCGCUGGUUUGACGGGGGAUCCAGUCAUGGUUGUCACAGCGUCAGAGGCCCCAGUCACCACCAUGACCACCACCACCAGCAGCAGCAGCAGUAGCAGCAGUAGCAGCAGCACCCUGACGCCCUGCCGACUGGGGAGCUCCAGCCAACCGGGACUCCCCGCGCCUGUCUACGUUACCGCUGCCUCCCCCUCACCCUCCUCAUCUGCAGCAGCCUCCUUCUUCAUUAGCUUCAGUGACCCUGGAUAUGCAACAUUUCUGUUGGAGCAGCUUCAAACACCUGGGAGCCAUGACGCUGGUGUCAGCUGCUGCCAGGUGUGCUCCACGCCUCUGCACCAACUGAGGCAGGAGGCCUUGCAGACGCUGAAUGCUCCCGUCCUCACCUUAAGCCCAGACAUGGCAGCCCUGCCCACCACAUCGUUUUUACCGCAGCCUUCCAGAUUCACCAUGUCGUCCUCAAGUGUCCGUGCAAAACAGCUGUCCAAAGGCCAAACCAUCACACACAGUGUCCUGCCCCUGGGGGAGAGGCGCAGGGUGCCGGGCUGGUCUCAAAGCCCCUCGGUUUCUUCAGGGCCCAGCGUCCAGGUGACGGUGGCAGGAGGGCAGAUCACCGGAUCCCUGAACUCUGUCACCAUCCAGGCUCAGCAGUACCUCGAGGGCAUGUGGAGCAUCUCCAGGGUCAACAACUUCCUCCCUCAGCCUAAACUGGCCGCUGGUUUGACGGGGGAUCCAGUCAUGGUUGUCACAGCGUCAGAGGCCCCAGUCACCACCAUGACCACCACCACCAGCAGCAGCAGCAGUAGCAGCAGUAGCAGCAGCACCCUGACGCCCUGCCGACUGGGGAGCUCCAGCCAACCGGGACUCCCCGCGCCUGUCUACGUUACCGCUGCCUCCCCCUCACCCUCCUCAUCUGCAGCAGCCUCCUUCUUCAUUAGCUGCACGCUCAAUCCUCCUGCAGCUGCAGAGCGGCUCUUCCCAUUCUGUUGGUGGAACCAUUUUGUCUCCGGUCUUGAUCAAAAAAGAAAGACAUACACCAUGAUCGGCAAAGACAGCUCCACUCAGAACCUCGGCAUCGUGCCCUGUGCCAUUUCCUGGCUCUUCAAGCUCAUCAACGAGCGCAAGGAGAAGACGGGCACGCGCUUCUCCAUCCGAGUGUCCGCUGUGGAAAUCUUCGGGAAAGAUGAGGAGCUGAAGGACCUGCUGUCAGAGGUGUCAAGCGGCAGCCUGCAGGAGGGCCAGUCCCUGGGUAUCCACCUGAGAGAGGAUCCCAUCUGUGGCACUCAGCUCCAGAAUCAGAGCGAGCUCCGCGCCCCAACAGCUGAGAAGGCCGCCUUCUACCUGGAUGCAGCCAUCGCCGCGCGCAGCACCAGUACACCAAGUGCAGAUGAGGAGGACCGACGCAACUCUCACAUGCUUUUCACUCUGCACAUUUACCAGUACCGCAUGGAGAAGAGCGGCAAGGGAGGAAUGUCGGGUGGACGGAGCAGGCUGCACCUCAUCGACCUGGGAAGUUGUGAAAAGGUCCUGAGUAAGAGCAGAGAGGGAGGAGGAGGCCAGUGUCUCUCUCUAAACGCUCUGGGAAAUGUCAUCAUGGCUUUAACAAAUGGAGCAAAGCAUGUCCCCUACAGGGACAGCAAACUGACAAUGUUGUUAAGGGAGUCCCUUGGCAACAUCAACUGCAGAACGACCAUGAUCGCCCACAUCUCCGACUCCCCUGCCAACUACGCCGACUCACUCACCACCAUCCAGCUGGCAUCACGGAUCCACCGCAUGAGGAAGAAAAAAUCCAAGUAUGCAUCCAGUUCAUCUGGAGGGGAGAGCUCUUGUGAGGAAGGGAGGAUCCGCCGACCGCCUCACCUCAGGCCCUUCCACCCUCGGACAGUAGCCCUGGACCCAGAGCUGCCCUCUCUGCUGAGUGACCCGGACUACUCCUCCAGUAGUGAACAGUCCUGUGAUACUGUCAUUUACGUGGGGCCGGGGGGAACUGCAAUCUCAGACCGAGAGCUCAGUGACAAUGAAGGCCCCCCUGCCUUUGUUCCAAUCAUCCCCUCACUGAAUAAGAGGAGGUCUGCAAAAGAUGGCCCUCUGGACAGAGACCAGUUCUUCAAAUGCAACACAUUUGCUGAGCUGCAGGAGAGGCUAGAGUGUAUAGACGGCAGUGAAGAACCCACUGCAUUUGUUGGAGAGGGCAAGCGAAGCCAGCCCAGCCCCAAGACUGACAAAUCUAAGGAGAGCCAAGGCGCUGUUUCACCAAAGACUGUAGCAAAUAUUUCUUACAACCCAGAGGACCUCUCACCCAAACAAUCUCCUAAACAUGUCGCCACACAACCAUCCUGCAGUCCCACUAGUAAAUCUAAACUUGAAACUAUCAAGAGGCAAUUCAUACCUGCAGAAAGGGUAGUGCCAGAGAGUGUCCAAAAUGUAUGCAGGACCAGCGCUGAUGGUGAGAAGGCCUUGGUUUCUGAAAGCCAGAUCAGCACAAACAAACUAUCAACGGCUGCAGAGCCAAACUCCGAGCCUGUGGUACGGGAGAAGGUCUUCUUCAACAAGAAAGCCCUGCCAAGGCCUGCUCCACCUCCGUCAGAGCAGAGAGAAAAUGCAGAUAAUGAAGAAAGAUCCAGCACCAGAUUGCCGCCUGUGGGAAUGAGCCACCAAGCCGUGAAAAGGAGGGAUCCUUGCACUUCUCCUUUGCUCAGAGCUCCAGUGGAGGUGUGUCAGGUGCGCUCUACCUUGAGGGAGAGGUGUCUGGAUCGGGACAUCCUCAGAGCCACUGUCACCUUGCAGCAGCCUGUAGAACUAAAUGGAGAGGAUGAGCUUGUGUUCACUGUGGUAGAGGAGCUGUCUAUAGGUAGUAUUGUAGAUCAGGGGCGGCCAACAAGCAUUAUCAGCUUCAACAGUGACUGCUCCCUUCAAGCCCUGGCUUCAGGCUCUCGACCUGUCAGCAUCAUUAGCAGCAUCAACGAUGAAUUUGAUGCCUACACAUCAGCGAUGGGAGGAUCAGAGGUGAACAUCGCUGUGGCCACACCCCUCCAGGAAGGAGCCAUGGAUAGCAGGGGUUCAUCUAUUAGCUCUUGGUUGAGUGAGGUUAGUGUUUGCACCCUAGAGAGCGAAGGAGCUCAUUCUACGGAUGUCUUCCUUCCUCAAGCCAAACACAUGGGACCAGAGGCCACCUUUUACUUUGAUUCCCUGGAUAUGUUCCAUUGUGUAUCCUCUCCUAGAGAUGCCAAGAACUCCUUAAAUGACAGUGGGUUCAGUUUUUCUGAAUUAGACAGUGAUAGUGCUGCCUCAAGCAAACUAUCUUUGAGUAAGUGCCCCCCAUCUCCUGAAUCAGCCAAAGGCACCCUCAGAUUCACAUCUAAAAUAACAAAAACUCACUCACUCAGUUCGUCGCAACUUCCACAGGCCCACUCCAUAGUCCACUCUAGUCUACCCAGGAAGAUUAAACCUACCUCAUCCAUCUCUCAUAGUAGUAGCAGUAGCAGCAGCAGUAGAGAGCCACAGAGGUUAGAGGCUAAGCAGGAGGAUCCAUGGCAACGUAACGACAACCACUCCGAACCUCAGUUUUCUGACUCCAGCAGCACCAGCAGAUUUCCCAGAAACCUUCCUAGUGGUAUACCUUCAAGCAAAACAUCCAACAACAGCAACAGUGUACCUCGCCCACCAAAGGUGCAGGGGUCUACCUCAUCCCAGAGGGUAGUUGACGGCUGUGAGAAGUCAGCCAGCAAAAACCCACCCAGCAAAAUGCCUCAGCUAAGACGAGGUGCCACCACCUUGGGGACAGUGCCCGUCAUCCAUUCCUCCACAGACUACAAGGGAACUCAUGACAUCGUUGCAUCUGCCAUAAGCCUUAAAUUCUCCUCUCUGGGGAAAAACAACAAGGCCAAUUCACAGAGAGCGAGUAAUCUCCCAAAACCAGGUUGCAUCUCGCCUCCUCCCCCUCCAGUGAGAAAGUCCAGUCUUGAUCAUAAAACUAAGAGCCUGCUACCCCAAAGUGCCUUAAAGUCACCAUAUGGGGAUGCAGGAAGGGCCUCUGGAGCAAGGUCAGCUGUAUCAGAGGACGAGCUUGACGUACGGCACAGAGCAGACUCCACCAGUUUCAAAACCUCCAGCCUCAACACAGCCAAAGUCACCUCCAGUCUGAAGGUCAGAGGGCCAAGGGGAGAGGCUGGGCACCAUUAUGGCAGUCAAAUGUCACUGGAGAGGUGUGAAAGCCUGUCUUUAUCUGGUUCAAGAACUGCACUUAGUAGGGAGAAUAGUGGGGCAAGUUUAGGGAGCAACAAAUCCAACAAGUCCAUUCCAAGAUUUGGUGUUCCUAAUUCAUCCAGCGCUCCUAUAGCUACAUGCCCCUCAUCCCCAAGUGGAGGGAAUACGACCAAAUCUGGUCAGGUAAAAGCGUCUGUAAAUCCCAGAACAUUAGGGGCAGUCAGUGGCAGCAAGGCACGCUCGCUGUCGGCCAACCACUCAAAGGGCCUGAGCUCCUCCAACAAGUCUUUGUCCGCUCCCGUGACCAGAAAUACCAACGCCAACCUCCCUCCAUCAGGACGGACAUCAGCUCCUCGGACCACUGCUGCUGUUAGCAGUAAGCCUGGCAGAGGAACUAUCAUGGGCACAAAGCAGGCCAUGAGGGCCGCUAACAGCCGUGUGAGCGAACUGGCAACAGGCAACAUAUUAGGGAAGCACAUGAAAGCUUCAGGAGAUUCAGACAGUGGGAAUGACAGUGGGGUGAACGUGAGUGAAGACAAAUCUACCAUCGCCAUGCUGCCCUCCCCAUACAGCAAGAUUACAGCUCCCAGACGACCUCAGCGCUACAGCAGCGGCCACGGCAGUGACAACAGCAGCGUGCUGAGCGGGGAGCUGCCUCCAGCCAUGGGCCGCACGGCCCUGUUCUACCACAGUGGCGGCAGCAGCGGAUACGAGAGCAUGAUCCGAGACAGCGAAGCCACUGGCAGCGCUUCCUCUGCCCACGACUCCAUGAGCGAGAGUGGCAUGUCAUCAUCAGGCAGAACAAGGGGCUCAAAGUAUCCCAAGAAGAGAGCAAAUGGUUUCCAGAGGAGGCGGCUGAUCCCGGCACCCCUGCCAGACACCUCCACCCUGGGGAAGAAGGUGGGCACAGCGGGCCAGUGGGUGGACUUGCCUCCUAUGUCUGGACCGCUGAAGGAGCCCUUUGAAAUCAAGGUGUAUGAGAUCGAUGAUGUGGAACGGCUUCAGAGGCGGCGUCAGGAGGAAACUGCAGAGCAACCAUUCCAGGAUGUUGACAAGGGCCUGCUGUAUUUCAACAGUAAGCUGAAAAUACUGGAGAGAAGGCAACAGCAAGUGAAGGACCUGAGAGUAAAGCAUGAGGUGUUGUUGGAGGAACUGGAAGACACAAAGACCCGUUUGAUGAUGGAUCCCUGCAAGUGGAUAGGAGAGUUUGAGGUGGACCAGAGUUUGGAUAAAGAGUCUCCAGAGUAUCUGGAGGCCCUGGCACAGGCAACGGAGGAGCUGGAGUUCUGCGUCAACCUAUGCAAGUCCCGCGUCAUGAUGGUGACCUGCUUCGACAUCAGCAUGUCGUCGACGUCGUUGUCUGGCACGCAGGAGGGACUGCGUGAAGUUGAAGUUUGAGGAAGAAAGAAAGUUGAGGUGGAGAAAAGAGGAAGUGAUAAGAAGGAUGAUGAAGAAAUGUAGCAGCCAGUUUCUAGUUACCACUGAAAUGAAGAACAACCAGAGGCAGAGAUGAGAGUGGAUCAUUGCAUUGAUCAACAGAGGAAAUCUGAACCACCUAACUACAGUGCCUCGUUGUCCAGGACAUGGUUUUAAAGACAGAGGAAUGAAACGUGAGCACAAAUGUUGUUGCCCAAAUGGCAAGGCAGUGGCCAUCACUUACUCAAGAGUCACCAACACCUGGAAGUGCCUUUUUUAUCACUUUGUUUUGAGUCAUUAUUUUUCAUAUGGUGCAGGUAUCUUAAGUAUACCCGAGCAAACCCUGAACAUAUUGCUUUUAUGAAAAAAUAUUUUAUAUUGCAUUGUAUAGUGUAUUUAUAUGAUUAUGUGGUGUGUACAAAUAUCCUUUUACGGGAAAAAAAAAUAAAGACACAAAAAAGAAAAAAGCAAUAAGCUAAUGUUAUUGCGCUCCCAGACUUUGCCUUUUCUCUUGUUUCAAACCUCAGUCUGCAUUUUAUCCAUCUUCAUUCAACCUCUUGCGCCUUAUGUUAACUCUCUGGUUCUGUAGUUUUCUAGAUUCUCAAACUGGACUGUGUUAUCUCAUCAAGGACUGCAUUCACUGUUGUCACUCGUCUCCUGCCAGCCGGCCUGUAAGAGGCUUGCAGCGCUGAGUGAAUUUUGUUUUUUCUCCAGUUGCCUUGAUCAAAAUGGGUCUCAGUGGACGUUCUAAGGUAGAGCGGCAGUUUUGUUGGGGGACAGGAGGCUUCUUCAAGCUGCAAAAUGAUGAGACAUGAAGCCAAAACAUAUCAAUCAAAGGGCCACUAUGAUGGUUAGUGAAUGAUUAUUCUUGAUUCAGCCAUUCUCUCUGGUGCCUCAGUAUGUGGCAAUGCAAACCUGAGAGAUUUAACCUUCCCCACACUAGCCUAUGAGGAUAGCAUAAUGAAUGGUUCCAUUGAUAGUGGUGCUCAUCAAUGAGCCUGAUUCCUCUCCAAAUGGAGAGAAACACUUUGAGACACUGUAUGAUAAAGGGGCACAGAUGAGAUAGCACAGGUCUACCGGCCUCAUACCCAGUACUUUUUUUAAGUGCUGCCAAUCCUUGGCUCUAUGCAUUCCAAUACAUUUACUGCAAGAACCUCAGUACAGACUUAAAGGGCAACAACAUAGUUCUGGCCUCUUACGUCCCCUACCCUUUUUUUAAAGAGCUCAAUUAAUGAAGUUGAGCCAGUGUCCAAAACGAUAACUUCAGAAUUGUUGAAUUUCCUGUGAAAUGAUGCAGUGAUUAAGAGCCAAUGAUCAUAACAUUGUUUAGCAAAAUCAAUCAUGACAUCAGCUCUUCAAAGCUGCCAGAAUGUGUUUGUUGUAAAUCAAAAUGGCUGACAUGGAGAGAACAAAGAUGAUAGGUGAAAAUGAUUGUCAAGAAAAACAAACUGGCUUUGUUGUACUUCGGUGUGUUUGAUUUCUAUAUCUAUGACAAAAUGACUUUGUGUUGUUUCUUUUACAAAGAUGUACUCUCUCAGGCCCUCUCUGAAGAUGCUGCAUGAGAUUUUUUAAUCAUUUCUAAGAAUGAUUUCUACUCCAUUUUUAUCAUUCUAAUUUUUUACAAUAACUUCAGUUUUCAAUGAUGUGUGGGGGUUUAGGCUCAUGAAUUAAAGAACUAUUACCAAACCAAGACCUUUUUUCCAAUAAAUUAUUAUAUGUAAGGUCAUAUUUCAUAUCAAAACCCAUAUUUUCGAAUCUCUUUGUUUUUGUAUAGGACUUUCAGACCCAAUGUAUAAAUGUAUGAUAAGGCAGCUUGUGUUUUACUUUUACAGUACCUGUGAAUAAAAUGGUUCCACAUACUGAU